CAUAUCGGUAAUCUCCUCAAGGGCCGGGUCUUACUCCUUCACGUGUUGGUGGGUAAGAUGGCGGAUCUACACAUGAAGAUUAUCCGCAAGCGGCUGAAGAAGAAAAACGAGAAAAUUAAAAGCGUUAAUUUAGUCACGAACACAGCAGUGAUCCAGCAGAAGGAAGUGGAAAAUGAAAUGCCACAAGAUUCAGCAAACAAUGAAGAAAAAACUGCAAAAAUAUUGAAAGCUCAGAGCCUUGUGAAAGAAGGGGCUGAUCUGAAAUCUGUAUCAGAAAUAAAAAAGAAAAAGAAAAGAAAACAUGCAGCUAACAUCCAGGAAGUUGAAGUCAAAAAGCUAAAGAAUGCGGAAUCCAGUAAAAAUGGUGAACUGAACCAAGUUGAUAGCUUAGAGGUGGAACAAGAUCAGAAGGAGGUGGAAAAUGAAGAGAAACCUGAAGAUGGUGAGGGACCAACAUUGCCUAUGGGGUUGACAGGAGCUUUUGAAGACUCUGCUUUUUCCUCCUUGGUUGACUUGGUUAGUGAGAAUACUUUAAAAGGCAUUGCUGAUAUGAGCUUUACUCACAUGACUCAAAUUCAACAAAAAAGCAUCCGACCUUUGCUGGAGGGCAGGGAUAUUCUGGCUGCUGCUAAGACUGGCAGUGGGAAAACAUUGGCAUUCCUUAUUCCUGCCGUUGAACUGAUCUACAAACUGAAGUUCAUGCCAAGAAAUGGGACGGGCGUCCUCAUUCUUUCACCAACCCGGGAAUUAGCCAUGCAGACAUACGGUGUUCUGAAAGAACUAAUGGCACACCAUGUUCAUACUUACGGAUUGCUCAUGGGAGGCAGUAAUAGAACUGCAGAAGCACAAAAACUGGCAAAUGGAAUCAAUAUCAUAAUAGCAACUCCAGGAAGACUUUUAGAUCAUAUGCAGAACACACCAGGAUUUAUGUACAAGAACCUGCAAUGUCUGAUAAUAGAUGAAGCAGAUCGUAUCCUAGAAGUGGGAUUUGAAGAGGAAUUAAAACAGAUAAUCAAACUGUUGCCAAAACGGCGACAGACAAUGCUUUUCUCUGCUACACAAACUCGAAAGGUGGAAGAUUUGGCCAGAAUCUCAUUGAAGAAGGAGCCCUUGUACGUUGGCGUUGAUGAUGACAAAGAAACUGCAACUGUAGAUGGCCUUGAACAAGGUUAUGUGGUUUGUCCAUCUGAGAAAAGAUUCCUUUUGCUCUUUACUUUUCUAAAGAAGAAUCGUAAGAAGAAGCUCAUGGUUUUCUUCUCAUCAUGCAUGUCUGUGAAGUUUCACUAUGAGCUGUUGAAUUACAUUGACCUACCUGUAAUGGCAAUCCAUGGCAAGCAAAAGCAGACAAAACGUACAUCCACUUUCUUCCAGUUCUGUAAUGCAAAUGAUGGAAUAUUGCUGUGUACAGAUGUAGCUGCCAGAGGGUUGGAUAUUCCUGAAGUCGACUGGAUUGUACAGUAUGACCCUCCUGAUGAUCCAAAGGAAUACAUCCAUCGUGUCGGUAGGACUGCGCGAGGGCUUAACGGACAGGGGCAUGCCUUGCUUAUCCUGAGAGCAGAAGAGCUGGGUUUUCUUCGUUAUCUCAAACAGGCCAGAGUACCUUUGAAUGAGUUUGAAUUUUCUUGGAGCAAGAUCACAAACAUACAGGCUCAGCUUGAAAAACUAAUUGAAAAAAAUUACUACUUGCACAAGUCAGCACAGGAAGCUUACAAGUCUUAUAUCCGAGCCUAUGAUUCUCAUUCUCUCAAGGAUAUCUACAGUGUCAACACCCUGGAUCUGCCCAAAGUGGCAUUGUCAUUUGGCUUCACAGUACCACCAUAUGUUGAUCUCAAUAUAAAUGCCAGUAGGGGAAUGAAAUUGAAGAAAAGAGGUGGCGGAGGUGGAUUUGGUUAUCAGAAGGCCAAAAAUGUUCGUAAAGCAAAAAUCUUCAAGCAAAUUGGCAAGAAUAGAGCAGACAACAGACAGUUUUCUCGUUAGAAGGUCUUAUCACAGCUGCAAUAUUUACCAUCUGUUUUAGGAAAAAAAACUAGAAGAGAAAUAUUUUCCCCUAGGUUAAAUGCCUUGGACUAACUAGCUUGGGCAACUUUCUUCAGACCUGUACUGACUCAAGUUGACUCAUUAUUGCAAUUCUAUUCCUGUAAAUUUAUAUGUUUUUUACACUGUGCUCAUUUAUAGAAGUUACUGUUUAAAUGAGUUUAAUUUGAAUAUAAAGUUAAUCUUUAAAUUUGUGACAGCUUCAGAAUAUUUUGAAUUAUAAUAAAUGGAUCAUUGAUAUUA